AUGAUUGUUGAUUAUGUUGACUUUGGGGAUGUACUCACCUUUGACACUACAUGUGGCACCAACAAAGAGUUAAGACCGUUGGGUGCAUUUGUUGGUUUUAACCAUCACAAGCAAAUGGUGAUUUUUGAUGGCGCUCUUAUGUAUGAUGAAACUUCUAAUUCGUUUGCAUGGUUAUUUGAAACUUUCUUGAAGGCUCAUGGUGGUAAGAGGCCUCAAACAGUGUUUACAGAUCAAGAUGCUGCUAUGUUGAAUGCAUUGCAGAGAGUGUGGCCUGAUACAAGACAUGGGUUAUGCAUUUGGUAUUUAAAUCAAAAUGGAAUCAAGCAUUUGGGUUGGCGAAUGAAAGAAGGUUCUACAUUUUUGACUGACUUAAAAAAGUUUAUGUUUGAAUAUGGCGAGGAGGUUGAAUUUGAAAGGGAAUGGAAGAUGUUGCUUGAGAAAUAUAGUUUGAAGGAUAAUGAGUGGUUACUUCGUAUGUAUAGUUGGAAGAAGAAAUGGGCAAGAUGCUACAUGAAGUAUGCAUUUACGUUGGGUAUACGAAGCACACAACUUAGUGAAAGCUUGAAUAGUGACUUGAAAGACUACUUGAAGUGUGACUUCAAUAUCACUGAUUUUUUCAAAAAUUUUGAUAGAGUGGUUGAGCAGAAGCAUGAGAAAGAGUUAGAGGCUGAGUUUAAAGCUCACCAAAGGGUACCUCUAGUGGAGUUCUCUGAUUCUCCUCUUUUACAACAAGCGGCACAAAGAUACACACCACCAAUUUUCGCACCUUUUCAAACUCACCUUCAACAUGCAUUAAGAAUGGUGUUUAAAAUGAAGGGAUCCGGAUUUGGGAAUCCUAUUCAACGCAAAAUCAGAGAAUCAAACAGAGAAUUCCACUCAAAAUCAGUUCAACGCGUGAGUAGAAAGAGGGGAAUCAUAUUGAAAAAAAUAGACAAGGGAAUCGGUCUGAUGACUCUCAGGAGAAGUCUGACAGGUCCACACUCUCAUGGCUUGUGCAGAGCCGGUUCAACAAGAAAACUUGAAGCUCACGAUGCAUCGGAGAAACAUGUCGGGAUCCCAACAGCUUUACAAGCCGGCGCGAUAAGGAAGGUCGGAUCCUACUUUGUCGAAGCCCCGGCUCACCGGUGGGUGGUAGUUGGUGGUUGUGGGUCUAUUGCCUGA